UUUUAGCUGAGUUUGCGAAAUCUGGAAAUAUAUAGAAAUAUUUAAAUUACAUAUAUAAAAUGGCAAUUUUGCAAAAAAUUUCCAACAUACGCAGUAGAAUUCUUCAAAAUAUUGCAACAAAUGGACAAAAGUUGCCGGCAACUGCGGAUUUAUCAAGAAAAUCAUUGUGGGGUUAUGUGGCCAUUGCAUUCAACCGUGUGGACACAGAUCGACAGCUGAAAGUUGGUCCAGAUCGCCUAUGUGCAGAGUGGGUCAUAAAAAAUGGUGGUGCUAUAAGCACCGUGGACUCUCCUGGUCGUCGGCUGCACAACUACAAUACACUGCCACCCGAAAAUAAUCAUUUCAAAAUAAAGGUUAUUGAUGCUAGCAACUCGUCCAUAAUGAAAAUUGGUUUGGACCAUUUUAAGGGUUGCAAUUCGAUUGAUACCGUCAUAUUGCAUAAGUGUAAACAUUUAGAAUCGGAUGGUUUACAAGGCCUGGUGCAUCUUAAGAAAACUUUAAAAGAUUUACAGAUAUCUGCUUGUGAUAAUAUCAGCGAUGAGGGUCUCAUGGUUAUUGGAGAACUGUCAAAUUUGGAAUUGCUAAAGUUAUUCGAAAUGCGUUAUGUAAAGGAUUUGGCAAAGGUCGGAGAAAAUUUGAAGGCAAAGCUACCAAAUUGUCAUAUGGAGAUAAAAUAAGAUUAUCCAUUGAGUAUGGGUAAAAAUAUGUAUGUUAUGCGUUGUGAAUCAUCAUUAAUUUAUUUAUAUGUAUAAACUUUUAUCCUAUUUUUGAGGGUAUGUCAAGAAAAAAACGAAAUACGAUACAAUAAAACCGAAAAAUAAUGCUUACUAA